UGGGGUGCCAUUUCUAAGCCCUGGGGUGCCAAAUCCAGAGCUCGAAACAGAGAGAGAGGGGGAAACAAAACGAAGAUUGAAAUUGAAGCCUGAAGAGAUCGUUGGACGGUGCCCGACGCAGACAGAGACAAGAUGGAUCUGGAGAGUGAAAACAGACUAGCUGCUAUGCUUAUGAGGGAAGCAGCUGAGUUGCGGCGGCAGGCUGAAAAAGAAGGUGUUCUGGCUUAUCUUAGUAAGCCUAAUGUCCGGAAUCGGCCAAAUUCACGCUUCCUCACUGCUACUGUACUUGGGGUACAACAAUCUAAUCGAGUUGUGGAAGUAAAUGAGAUGUGGCGAGUACGGCAAAAAGAAAAAGAGCUGGAUGAACGGGUUAGAGGUACAUCAUCAGAUAAAAGCAGUGGAGACAGAAGCCAUAGGGAUGAUAAAACAUCAAGAAGUUCCAUUGGUAAUAGCACUAGAACAUCUGCUUCAUGCUCAAGUAAAAGACAAUUUGAGAUGGAGGUUAAAGACACAUCAAAAGAUAAAAAUUCAAGUGACAGAAGCCACAGGGAUAGUAAAUUGUUAGGAAGAACCGGAAGACAUGCUGUAAUCGAUGAAAGCACUAGUGCUUCUGCUUCAUGCUUAAAUAAAAGAGGACAUGAGCAUCCUCCAGAAGGUUUAAAGGAUGAAGAGCUUGAGGAGUUUCUCCACUCAAGGACCAAGCGAGGCAGAGGCGCUGUUGGUCCAAGAAUGGAUGAGACUGGGCCUUACCUUCCUCCUCAUACAGAUGGGGAGCCUAGUACUAGUCCUGAUGCAAGGGAACGCCGUCGGGUUAUUUACGGUCCGGAGAUGCCUUCAUCAUUGAAGUUAUAUGAAUCCUCUGAGGAGGAGACUGAUGAAGACAGGCGGAGAAAGAGUAAAAAGUCUCGCUCUAGCUGCUCAGACAAGGAGCAUUCUGAGAAGCGCAAGUCCAAGAAGAAAUCUAAGCAUAAGAAAAAGAAAAGGGACGAGAAAAGAAGUAAACAUCAUCAUCGGUAAUGCUGUUGUGUAAUUCUAUAAUCUCUCACAGAUGAAUGUUAUAAUUUGCAAUGGAUAUGGAACUCAUGUUUGUACUUUGUAACAUCUGUAACCUCAAAAUGCAAUUCCUCUUGGAGAUAUGAAUUGUUUUGGCCA